AUGGUCUUCUACCGAUCGAUAACACCGAUUAAAAAUGUUGUAACUCAAUUGCCGACAUUGAAAAUCGAGAAGUCGACGGCGAAUGAGAAGAGUAAAACCAUUGCAGUGGACUUACCGUUAAUUUAUCAACCUCCGUUGGAAUCUAUUGUUUCAAGAGCUCUCCUUCUUUUCUAUCCAAAUGAUCAGCAAUCAGCAUUUCUUCCUGAAUUCCGUUGGUUCUAUCGUUCGUGGAUCGAAAUGAUGAAGAACGAAUCGACUCUAUGGAGAACGGACAUCAUUGUCUACGCGAAUGAAUACACAUCUGUAUUCAAACAACUCGGCUGCGUAUACGAGAGAAUUCGUUUAGAUCGAAAAGAAAACGCACAAUGUCGAGUCUUUCCCUAUAUCCGUAUUAAAGAUCGUUCAUCUAAACACAAGAUGUCCAGUCAAUAUCAAAUUAUCGAUCAACAGCGUUCACAAAGAAUGUAUCAAUAUUUACGAGGCUAUGGUUAUAUUGAUUCGAUAAAUACUGUUUUCGAAUUUAAUUCGACUUUUCUCAUGUAUGACCACGUACUUCGCACGGAUAUGGAUUGUUUUCUGACUGAAAAUUUUGCUCGAUAUAUUCCUUAUAAUAAUUCGGUACUUGUCGGUCAUGGUGGUUAUUCGACCGAGUUUAAUAGUAAUCGUUUGAAACGUAUCGCCCGAGAUAUGGAUUGGAAAUAUGCCGAUAAGAAUGGUCUUGGAUCUACUUGGUAUGGAUCACCAUCGAUUAUCUAUCAUAUGUCGGAUUAUACAAUCCAAGCGAUGUUACAUUUAGUCAGAAAUGAAUUUACUACACCGGAACGAGAACACAAACUUGGUGUAAUGCUUUGGCCGGAAUGGCAUUUCGGCGUUCUUUUGCUCUAUGGUGGUCACUUAGCUAUUAAUCACAUAAUAGCGAACGAAAAUCUCCGAAUACUCCUGGCAAGUAAACUCUUAGAUCAAGGUGUGACAUCCAAAGAUCAAACAGACAUCAAGAAAAAUCUCCGUUUACAUCUACAUUGUUGGCAUGGAGAUGAUCCAUUUUCAAAAUUCCAUUUCAAAGCAGGAAGAUACAAAGCAAUCGAUCCGUCGAAAUUAAUUUCAGACACUUCAGCAUCCGGUUAUGCUAUGCGAAUGGCAUUGGAAUCGAACGCAAUGACUCUAGACGAAUUGAGGCAGAACUUGUUAAGUAUCAAGAAAUGA